AUGGUGCUGCUGCUGCUGGUAGCCAUCCCGCUACUGGUGCACAGUUCUCGCGGACCAACACACUAUGAGAUGCUGGGUCGAUGUCGCAUGGUGUGUGACCCCCACGCACCCCGAGGCCAAGGCCCCGACGGCGCUCCCGCCUCGGCGCCUCCGUUCCCUCCAGGUGCCAAGGGAGAGGUGGGUCGGCGAGGGAAGGCGGGCCUACGCGGACCACCAGGACCCCCAGGUCCCAGAGGGCCCCCUGGAGAGCCAGGCAGGCCAGGACCCCCGGGUCCUCCUGGUCCAGGCCCUGGAGGGGCAGCGCCCCCUGCGGGUUAUGUACCCCGAAUUGCUUUCUACGCGGGUCUUCGGCGGCCUCACGAGGGUUAUGAAGUGUUGCGCUUUGACGACGUGGUGACCAACGUGGGCAACGCUUACGAGGCAGCCAGUGGCAAGUUCACCUGUCCCAUGCCGGGCGUCUACUUCUUCGCUUACCAUGUGCUCAUGCGCGGUGGCGACGGCACCAGCAUGUGGGCCGACUUGAUGAAGAACGGACAGGUCCGGGCCAGCGCCAUUGCUCAGGAUGCGGAUCAGAAUUACGACUAUGCCAGCAACAGCGUCAUUCUUCACCUAGAUGUGGGUGAUGAGGUCUUCAUCAAGCUGGACGGUGGGAAAGUGCAUGGCGGCAACACCAACAAGUACAGCACCUUCUCAGGCUUCAUCAUCUACCCGGACUGAACCCAGCACCUUUCCACACACGCGCAUUUGCCCGCCCUCCUUGCCCCUUUGCUCCAAUCCACACCCACCUCCAGUUAGUCAUACCCAAGGCCCCAACCUCUGAGAGCCCGCGACUCUCCGGCUCCCCAGGCUACCUAAAUGGGCGGACUCUUGGGGCUCAAGGGUUUUAAGUGACGGGGGAGUGGAAAGUUGGGAAGGUGGGAUGAAGAGAAGCCACUUAGGGCGGGACCAUCUCGCUUGUGCUCCAAUGAAACUCGGCCGGUCGUGGCCCUCCCUUCCGCCUGGAGCUGGGGAACAGCUUAACUAAAUGAUAUCAAAGACUCACAAGAAGUAAGGGAUGCACUGGCAGUUUGGGAGGGAGAGGACAGAGGAAGGAGCACAUCUAGGAGAGAGGAGACUGUCACAGGUUAGAUACCGGACCUCAGUAGCCACUUUUUUUCCGUUCCCCUCCUGCAUCUCCAUUAUUUCAGCCCCUAGCCAAGACAGCCUUCCCGUGAACUGAAGGAACCAACUACUUCCUUCCUAGUACU